GUGUGUGUGUGUGAGAGAGAGAGAGAGAGAGAGAGACAGUGUGUGUGGGACAGUAGGUGUGUGUGUGUGUGUGUGUGAGACAGAGAGAGAGAGAGAGAGACAGUGUGUGUGGGACAGUAGGUGUGUGUGUGUGUGUGUGUGAGACAGAGAGAGAGAGAGAGAGAGAGUGUGUGUAGGACAGUAGGUGUGUGUUUGUGUUCGCCUCAUCACAGCGCGGGUAUCCCUCUGCACGCGCGCGCGCCCAUUCCACUCACGUCCCGUCCUGCUCUGACAGCGCGCGCCUCCCCAAGCCCCCUCGCGCGCUUUCUCUCUUGCUCUCUCUCUCUUUCUCCUUCUCACACACUAUCUCACUUACUCUCACGCGCACCGCAGUGGAAUGUAGCGGGAAUUCCUGCGCGAGGCUGAGGUGCUGAGGUCUGUCAACCAGCAAAACCUGUCAAAGUUCCAGAGACCUUGACUGAGAGGGCGGAGCAUGAUAGAUGGGUGGGGCUGGCAAUGUGUCUGAUGGUGCAUGAUGGUUUCGAUGGAGACGGAUGGCAGCAUCACUGAGGGUCCUGGACUCCCACUCUUACAGGCGAGUGACGGCGUGGGUGCAGGACUGCCGGAGAAUGAUGGGGCGUGGCUCGGCUUCCGGGCGACAGUAGGCGCCGUGUUGCUGCUGGAGUUGUUGUUGGGAGUGGGCGGGAAUCUGACAGUGUUGGUGUUGUACUGCGGCCACUGCAGCCUUCUGGAAUCGGUCAGCCAUGCCGUCACACUCAGCCUGCACACGCUUGACCUGCUGCUCUGUCUCCUCUGCCUGCCCGUCACCGCCACACUCCUCCUGCUGGACGGGGCCUCCAUCCCUCACCACACUCUGCUCUGCUGCCUCCACGAAUCAACAGCCACCUUCGCCAGCGUGGGAACGGCGCUCAACCUGCUGCUCAUCAGCCUCGACCGCUACGACAUCAGUGUCCGACCUGCCAAUCGCCUGCUUACACCUCGGAGGGCAGCCUUUCUGCUGACAGGAGUGUGGGUGGUAUCUUUAACUGUGCCCCUCCUACCAUUUGUGGAGGCGGGGUUUGUGUCUGGGUUGACAGAGGGAGUGGCUGUUCAUUCUAACAGCACAGUGUUGUGCUUAGAAUGGGUCGGCACUCUGCAGGUUCAUCUUCUUCUGCAGGUGCCCAUGUUCCUGUGCUCUCUGUCCGUGAUGCUGUUUACAUACUCGCGAAUCCUACAGGCCCUGCGCAUUCGCAUUGGACACCCACCCAGAUCUCAGAGGGAUGCCCGGCGGCCUGCCCAGCGCCUUUGGCAGCGACGCAAGAGGUCAGCAAAGUCGCCGGAUCACACGACAAGGACUACACCCAUCUCCCCUCCUCCUCUCUCUACUGGACCACUCGUGGUCUCAGACACCAUUACCACAGUGACCAUGAACACAGAGACCAACACGCCCUCGAUGAACACUCCGCUUAGUCCAACCCCCACAAUAUCCAUAGUGACCACGCCUUUGAGUCCGACCCCUACAAUAGGCUUGUCCUUGGUGUCAACACCCUUGAGUCCUAGCCGUUCAUUACCCACCAUAACCACACCUCUAAAUCUUAACCUAAACGCAUCCACAGUAACCACACCCCUGCACUCUAGCUGCAACACAGCCAUAUCCACCAUGACCACAUCAAUGAACUCUAACACUCCGACUACAUCCUCUAUUACCUCACCUGUUACCCCUAACCCAGCUAUAUCUUUCACAUCUACACCUCUCAGCCCUAGCUCUGCUAUAUCCACCAUAACCUCUCCUCUUAGUCCGAACCCAACUGUGUCCACCAUAGCCACACCUUUAAGUCCCACUCCCACCGUAUCCCUUGCCACCACACCACAGAGUCUUCCUCGUGUGCACAACCCUCCUAGUGUUGGUGUGGGGGCCUCGGUAUCUGCCAUCCUGGCUCUGCGCCGAGCUGUGAGACGUCACAGGGACCGGCGGGAGCGCCAGAAGCGUGUCUUUCGAAUGUCCGUGAUCAUCAUCCUCUCCUUCCUGCUGUGCUGGGCACCUCUUUCCAUUACACCCCUUCUCCUGCUGGCCAUAGGUCCCUCUGACUGGCUGGAGCGCCUGAGGCUGUGCUUUCUGGUGCUUGCCUACUGGACGGUGGUGCUGCAUCCGCUGCUGUAUGCGUUCACACGCCAGAAACUGCGCAAAGUUCUGCACACACGUCUCCGCAGGCUGCGCACAAACACCACACACACGCUCAUUCGGACCAAUACCAGGAACCGGCGCAAACUAAGGGCAGACUGCAGCGAUGCUACUGACCGCUGCCUAACGGAAGCCACCAGGGAGUGAGUGUGUGUGUGUGUGUGUGUGUGCGUGUAUGUGCGCGCGUGUGUGAAAGAGAAAUGUGUGCGUGAGUAUAAUAGAAUUACAGGACACACAGGAGCAAAAGGGAGAAAUCAUCUGAUGUUGCAUGUCAACAAAUGUAUCAUUCAUCCAGUAUACGGUUUAAUAAGAAACGCACGUUCCAAAGCACACAAGCUAAUCUCAGAGAAAACCACAGGGCACUGUCUAAUUAACCGUGAACACGUAGAUCAGAUUUACUGUUGUGGUGCUAGAAACUAAGCGAGUGUGUGUGUGUGUGUGUGUGGGAUUGUGGGCAAUAAUUUCAUAAACCAGGGUAUGCAUGGAAGAGCUUUCAUGCAGAUUAAUUCUAAUGCUGACAUUAUACAAUGUGGUCUAAAGCAUUUAUUCACAUCAUGUACAAACCUGCAUACAUAUUGUCCUUACUGUGCCCUUCUUAUUGAUAGAGUGCAAUAGAUUUACUGUGUUUAUUUAUGUACAUGAUCAGGGAUGUAAAUAACAUUAUAAAUUAUUAUACAAAUCUGUGGAACAGUAACUGCAACAAGGUCUAAAUCUAUUUAUUUUGAUUAGUGUGCCAUGUAUGUAUAAAUAGUCAGUGUCCUUCUGUCUUAAUGAUUUCUAUUUGGUUGUGUUCGCUGUGCAUUUUGCAAUAGAUGAGCAAUAAGCCCAAAUUGUAUAAAUAAAGAGAUAUAGUCCAUUGUU